UGGGACUGGUAACCUGAAAAACAGGCAGCGAAAGGGGAAGUGCGUGAAUGCAAUUGACGACACAAGUACCGGAAAAUUACGCGCAGUUCUCUUACCAGGACGUGAUUUGUACAUUCCUGAUUGCCACGAUAAAGAAGUAAAGAGUUGAUUCUUUUUUGGCAUCCGCAAGGCACAGCACAGUGAACUCGAUAGUGGGUUAUAUUCUCCGUAAAGCAAGUGCAAAAAGUUUGUCGCUAUCUCAUUUUCCCAUGUGGAAUGGAUGUGCCGCCAGCUAAUUUGGAAACCGUCGCCUUAAUGGGCAGCUGCCAAGGUGUUGCUCCAGGGACUGACGAUAAGAAAACCAAGUAUCCGGUGGCAGUUUUUUUCAUCGUCGUCAACGAGUUUUGUGAGCGGUUCAGUUAUUAUGGCAUGAAAACGGUGCUCACGCUCUAUUUGCGAGACGUAUUGUUGUACGAUGAAAAUGAAUCGACAGUUUGGUACCAUCUAUUUUCAAUGCUCUGCUACUUCACUCCCGUUUUCGGAGCCAUUCUGGCCGAUACGUAUCUCGGGAAAUUCAGGACAAUUCUCUAUCUCUCCUGUCUUUACGCUUGCGGUAACGUUCUGCUGAGUGUGGCAUCUAUACCCAACACUCUGCCACAAAAGGAGUUUUCACUUUUGGGACUCUUUAUUAUCGCCUUGGGCACGGGUGGAAUUAAACCUUGCGUCUCAGCUUUUGGCGGUGAACAGUUUGUCCGUCCGCAGCAAGAUAAACAGCUGGAGCAGUUCUUCUCCGUAUUCUAUUUCGCCAUCAACGCUGGAUCGCUUAUUUCCACUUUUGUAACGCCCAUUCUCCGCGAAGAUGUCCACUGUUUCGGCUCGAAUUCCUGCUUUCCAUUAGCCUUCGGCGUUCCGGCUUUGCUCAUGAUCGUCGCAGUAGCUAUUUUCUUCGCGGGAAAAUGGAAUUACAAGAUUCGUCCAGCUGAAGGCAAUGUCAUGGUUGACGUCGCAAAGUGUGUAGCUCACGCCGUCGGACGGAAGUUCAGGAAUAAGGAAGAAAAACACGAACACUGGAUCGAUUUCGCUGGCGACAAAUUCGAUCGGCAACUGAUUCAAGAUAUUAAGCAGGUUCUAAGAGUCCUACUUCUCUACGUUCCUAUUCCCGUCUUCUGGGCUUUGUUUGAUCAACAGGGUUCACGUUGGACAUUUCAAGCUACUCGAAUGGACGGUACUCUCGGUGCUAUCACGAUCAAACCAGAUCAGCUACAAAUUGUGAAUCCCUUGCUCAUUUUGGCACUGGUGCCCGUGUUUGAAAGCGUCAUCUAUCCCUGUUUCAAAAAGUGCGGCCUGCUUACUCCGCUUCAACGAAUCGGCGCUGGCGGAUUACUUGCCGGAUUGGCUUUCGUCGUUUCGGGCAUAGUCGAACUUCAGUUGGAGCCUACCUACCCUCGGAUUCCCGACGCUGGAUUGACGCAACUGAACUUUAUCAACACACUUCCGUGUCCAAUCAACAUUAGCUACACUGGCGGCGUCGAUCAGAUCAAGUGGAUUGAAGUCAACGCUACAAGUUAUUCAUUUGAAAGGAAUCUGAAAGAUCAACCUAUCGAAGUCACGGCCCAGUUAAUCAAUCCCGUCUGUGGACAAGUGAACUUCUCUACUCCGACUUGGACUGGAACGAUCAAAGGUGCCAGCACAAAGGCAUUUUCCGUUGUCGCUACUGGACACAAUGGCACUCUCGAUCUGGUACGAAUGGAUAAAGAAGAACCACUGGAUAAAUCCAGUACGGGGCAGCCGCGUGUUGGGUUUAUUUUACACAUGGACGAUCAGUCUCUUGUUCAAGUCAACAUCACCAUUAAAUCUGGAGAGCGAUUAAUUCAAUUCAAUACCAAAACAUUUUCCACUUCGUCUUCAGCGCGUUUUAUCCAAACUGAAGUGCGGGAUGUCGACGCUGGAACGUACGACAUCUUUAUUCCUCGUCAAAAUGGUGAUGUGAUCAUGGAAAAUCCGGAUGGACAAAUCACAGUUUUACAAGGCGGUUCCUAUACGUUCGUCGCUCAACAGACUCACUCAAAUCCUCAACUUAUCGAUCUCAAAAGCAAUCUCUUAAUGCCGGUCCAAGUGACUCCGGCUAGUUCCGUACACAUGUUGUGGUUGGUGCCGCAAUAUUUUGUCAUGACAAUUGCUGAAGUCAUGUUCUCCGUCACGGGAUUACAAUUCUCCUUCACUCAAGCCCCGGCUAGUAUGCAAUCUGUCAUGCAAGCCGCUUGGCUCUUAACGAUCGCGUUUGGUAACCUGAUUGUUAUCCUCGUCGCUGAAGCAAAGGGAAUACCCAGACAGUCAAUGGAGUUCUUCCUAUUCGCCGGACUGAUGGCAGUCGACAUGCUCUUCUUUUUCUAUUUGGCCAGCAAUUACACUUAUGUCGAGUCUGAGAAAGGCGAGAAAGGUGGCGACGACGCAAAGAAAGUACCUGAUCGUUUUCCUUCAUCCGUCAAACUUGGCACUGACAAUUCAGAGAAGCCAGCAGGGACGGAGAACAAGGGAUUCUCCGAUGACACACCCAUGUAAAGGAUUUCUUUUUUGUUUUUAGAUGUGGACGGUAAUGAAAUAUGAGACUUUUUACUUUUCAAAACAUAUAUCUCUGUUUAUACAGUGCCCAUGUAGAAAUUAUGACUAGUUCUUUCACACUAUGCACUUGAUUAUACACGACGAAUCUCCUUUA